AUGCCCAAUGCAAAACGCAAUGGCUCCUCCAUCGAUCACCACGCACUGACACCAGGUGGGUUGGAACUGAACGCAUGGCUGUCAUCAUUGGCGACGAACCAUGGCCACGGAGCAAAAUCAGAUCUGAAAAAUGCCGCGCAGGCAUUUGGUGCAUCAAUUUCGGCUGUGGAGGUAGCAAACUUCCUGGACAAGAAGCUUCAAGACCUACCGUCUUUUCAGCGCUCUGCAUUCCUGGUGCCUUCAACGGGAGGCUUGCCAGGAAUCGAUCCCGCAUUGGUGCGGGUCGAUGAAGAGUGCGUGUAUCUUGUCGGGAAUUCGCUUGGACUUCAGCCAUCCCGAACCAGAGCGCUGGUUUCGGAGGAGCUGGACAAGUGGGCAAAAUGGGGGGUUAAUGGCCAUUUCACAGGGGACCGGCCGUGGAUGCCCAUAGACGAACACGUCAUCCAGCAGAGCGCGGCCAUUGUCGGAGCGGAAAAAGAUGAGGUAGCCAUCAUGAACAGCCUGACGGUGAACUUGCAUUUGCUUUUCGUGUCCUUCUAUCGACCAGAAGGGAGUCGGAACAGAAUAAUGUACGAGGCGAGCGCCUUCGGAUCGGAUUAUUUUGCUUUCGAGUCGCAGGCACGUUUGCACGGACUUGAUCCGACGAAAGUGCUCCUGCCGCUGAACGCUCGCCCGGGUGAGGAGCUGCUCAGCACCGAGGACAUCGUGAGUGCAAUCCAAGCGGCGGGAGACAGCCUUGCGGUUGUUUGUUUGGGUACCGUGCAGUACUACACUGGCCAAUAUUUUGAUGUUAAGGCCAUCACAGAGGCUGCCCAUGCUGUGGGAGCAAAGGCGAUCUGGGAUUGUGCCCAUGCUGUUGGAAAUGUGGAUUUGAACUUGCACGAAUGGGGCGUGGACGGAGCCUGCUGGUGCAACUACAAGUACCUCAAUGCGGGCCCUGGUGCAAUCGGUGGCUUCUUCGUGCACAGAAAACACCUUAACAAAGGACUUCCCCUUUUGGCUGGGUGGUGGGGCCAGAAGCAGGCUGUUCGCUUCAACAUGGAGCACCGGUGGGACCCCGAGGUCGACGCCGGAGCUUGGCGAUUGUCCAAUCCGCCUGUUUUGCAGACCGUCUCGUUGCUUGCGAGUUUGGAUAUUUUUUCGAGGACGACGAUGUCAGAGCUCCGUGGAAGGUCGAUGCUGUUGACAGCAUACCUGGAACUGCUGAUCGCUGAUCUUGUCGGGGAUCAACUCUCUGUGAUUACUCCGGAAUGCCCCUCCGCACGCGGAUGUCAGCUAAGCCUGAAGUUCAACGAGGAAAGAUCGUGCCUGGCAACCUUCACCGCCCUGGAGAGACGUGGAAUAGUGGUCGACCACAGGAAGCCCAAUGUCAUUCGUGUUGCUCCUGCUCCUCUCUAUAAUUCUUUCCAUGACGUGCACAAGUUUUGCACGGCGCUGCGGGAAGCUUUGAGCGAGGUUGCAGAGCCCGCGGCCAAACGCGCAAAGGUGUGA